ACGGCUAUAAUAACGGUACAAAGCGAAUAUGUGCAUUGUGCAUCUCCAGUUUUAAUAAAGUGAACGUAUUGAAGUAUUUUUCCUGGGAGGACUAUUUAAAGAAAAGUCUUGAAGAACUAUAAACAUCGUGAUCGAUACUGACUCGGGGUUUGUAUUUUAAUCACGCAAAUGAGGCUAGUGUUGCUGUUGCUGGGUGCCUCUGUCAGCAUGGGCAUCUCAAAUUACAAUGAGGAAUAUGGGAAAAUACACAGGAUGAGGCUGCAUAGUAAGGUUCGCUUCAUCACAUUCUUCCCCAAGUACAGCUCAGAUGGGAUGAUCUUGUGGAAACGUGACGACCUUCUACCCAGUGAGGACAGAAGGCGGAAAGUGAUGGGUACCUACUAUGUUAUAAGCAAUUUAACCCAGAGAGACAGUGGCCGCUACGUAAUGAGUGACAAAGAUCAGAGAAUACUGUCUACAACGACCCUUGAGGUGACAGAAAGCACGAGGUCUUUUACACGGUAUCCUGGUCGAGAACUCAGCUUCACUUUUGAUCUGGAACCAAGCUCCUGCAACAUUUACUAUUUUCCAGACCAGAACGAAGGUCUGAGGAACCCAACAAUAGUUCGUGAAGGCAGGUUGCAGGAGGAUUUGGGUCACUUUGGUUGUGGAGGGUUUGAGCUGUUAAAGCCAUGUGGGAUUUUAAAAGAGUUUCUCCAAAUGUCAUGCAGCGGACGCUUUGAGGUCAGAGAUCAGGAUGAUGACAAGGCCUUGGUGGUGUACCUGUAUAUGGAGUCUCUAGAUGAUGAUGAGCCAUCUCACCUUCUUAUUGCCAUUGGCGCUGUCCUCGGUAUAAUUUUCUGCUGUUGCUGCGUGAGGAGCUGCUGCUGUGGGAAAACCUCCUCCGAAGAGGACAGCUCCGAGACGGCUGCUGUGGCUGCUGGACCUGCUGUGCGUUACAAUCAGAAUGACCAUGAGCCUGUGGCGCCGAGGCCAAACCAACUCAGUCGGCCCUCAAGGACACGCUACCCAGCUCAGUCUCCUCGAGCUUCGACUGGCCCGUUGAUACACAAUCCUCCUACAGUGAAUGUGCCACCUGCAUAUUCUAAGGUGUCAGCUCCAGCAGAGCAGGCAGACGCUCCAACCGCCCCUCUAUAUUCUGAUCCUGCGCCGCGGUUUGAACUGAAGGGGAUGACCUUUCCUUCUGUUUCCCCACUCAGUUCAAACCCAACGUGCUGUGAUGUUUAUAACUCAGACAAACUCAACUUGCUCUGAAAGCUGAGGUUUUUGAAAGGUACACUCAAAUUGGUAAACUCACCCAUUAGUGUGACAUAAAAGGAAAAGUUUGACAUUUUGAGAAAUGUGCUUCAUCUUUCACCAGUGACUUCAGCUGCUGGCUGCAGGUUCAUAUCUAACAUACAGAGAUUGCUCUUCUCAACUGUCAGUAUGAAGGUGAAUAUGUGCAUUUCCCAAAAUGUUGGCGUACUCUUUCAGCAUGUAUACCAUAGAAAAACAGAUAGUUACGGUGUUAUUUACACUAAUUUCCUAUGCCUCACAAGUCUCACUUAAAAACAGUGUAAUGAGCUCAUCACUAACACAUACUACUGAGUGAAUAGUUUUCUCAUAACUGCUGUUCUGUCAACAAUACACCAUUUAUUACGGACCAUCUUGACUGUGAAGAACUUUUCAGGGAAGAUACAAACAUAAAGUGGCCUGCAAAGCUCGCUAUUAAAAAGUGGUAGAUCUUCUUGUGCUUGUGUGCAUGUUACUAUUCUUCAUGCACAUUUGCUUAGCCUUUGGAAUCUAGUUAGUCUCGUAUGACUUGAGAUAACAUAAACGACUGGUGCAUGCGUUAUAGAAUAUAGUGUUGAGUCAUGUGAAUUAGACGUUAGACUGAUAUUUAUAUAAAACUACUGUAUUGUGGAAAAUUUUUCAUUUGCUCAGGCCAGCCGCACCCACCCACCCACCCACACACACCCACCCACACACACCCACACACACACACACACACACACACACACACACCCACACCCACGGGGACAACCCUGACUCUGUCCCGUCUCCUGUCUGUGACAUAUCGUAAACUUAAUAUGACUGACACACACACACACACACACACACACACACACACACACACACACACACACACACACACACACACACACACACACACACACACACACACACACACACAAAUGUUUACGUCUUAUUAUAGUGAUUGAGAUAAAGAAAAUGCCGGCACUCACAGUGGAAUAGUCUUAUUAUUUAAUAAGGGCAAUUAACAAAUGGGUUUCAGCUAUAAGCCAUCAUCAGCGUUGAUGAUGAUGAAAUGCAUUCGUUGAUGGCCCCAUAUUAAAUAAUAAGACUAUUCCACUGUGAGCGCUGGCAUUUUCUUUAUCUUGUUGACUCAGCUACGACCUUACACCCGGUACAGUGCUCAGGAUUUGGAGCUGUGCACGCUGCCGCUGUUUACCUUAUUAUAGUGAUUGUUCGACAACUAUAAAAUGGAGAGUGGAAAAGUGGCACGAACACACCUCAACACCUCUGUGCCUCACUCUGUGCCUUAAGUGCACUGCUUUAACUCAACAUUAAUCUGUUACUGUAUUUGUUACUUUUUUUUACACACAGACAUACACACAUGCAACACACGUAAUACACUUGACUAUAGUUGCAAUAUGCCUCUGUUUGCAUGUCUCUUACCUCUCACAUGUACACUACGCACAACAGCACUUUGAGUUUUAAUAAUUACAGUACUCAUACAUGCCUUAGUUUAUGAUUGUUGUGUAAAUAUGGUAGUGGAUAUAUAUGGAGUGGGUUUUUAUUUAAGGGCUAACUGAGUCUUUUUUGAAAACUUAAUAUGAAGAGUUGUAACAAGUGAGCCUCCUGUGUCCGUACCUCAAGUGUAUUUGUACGUUGCAUCAGGUGCAUUAAACGUUUUUACAUAA